CCCGGGUACCUCUGUCUCCUCCGCUUCUCUCCGGUUGCCGUCUCUCCGAUCAGCUGAGGACGCGCGGCCCAGAUCCUUCCGCGCACUACUUUACUGCUACGGAUCCUUCCGCUCCGGUUCUACUUUACAUCUCCAUGCCGCGGCCUAGUCAGUAUCCCUCCGCGGACUACUUUGCGGGGAAAAAGAAGGGGCAAACGCAGAUUCACCGGGACAGCUACCGCGGCUCUCGGCCUUUACGUGGAAAGGUUCAUAGGGCCUCUCGCCCUCUCUGGAUGACGUGAUCAGUGACUCUGACGUCCGUUCGCCGAGGGCAAUUUUCUUUUUACGUAAUGCUCCCUUUUAUUGCCGUCGAUUUCUCUAUUAAGAGAUUGUCGGGAAGAGUUGUUGGUCCCCACAGGACCCCUCCGCUGGCCGAACUCGGUUUAUUUUCGCCAGGGUCGCCCCGGACGAUUAUUACACGCUGUGCCGCUGUGACUUCCCAGGACGAACUGUUAGGCGUCCAGUGCUUAUUGUUCGGGUAUGUAUGCAAGGCGGAGGGAUCUGCGGACGACUAGUCUCCACCCCCCCACAGCGCGCAGGGAUCCCUCAGGGAAGGUGUAAUUCGCCUUGGUUUCUCUAGCAACCGCGUUAGCGUCUCAAGAUGGCGGCGCUGUUGCCGGAGAUCCUGUUCGAGUGUGACGGACAAGCGCCGGCGCCGAGCAAGGACUUCUACCAGCUGCAGGUCACUCGCAGCGAGGUUAUUUGGAGAUGGUGGAAAAUCUCCCUCCGAAGUGAAUUUCGGGAAACAAAACCUGGAGAACUAAAAGAGUCUCACCAGGACUUUGUGGAUGAUUCAACCCUGCAAGCUCAGAUUGGCAUAGUCUUCAGCCAGAAGGUAUUGAGUUACGUCCUUGACCUAUGCCGGGGUCAGUAUGAUUUCUUGGAGCGCCUUUCUGAGUCACUGCUACUCUACAUCCUGACUUUUCUGGACCUAGAGGACAUCGCUCAGCUCUCCCAGGUCUCUCAUACAUUCCAAAAGCUGUGCAAUUCGGACAAGCUAUGGGAGCACAUUGUGGAAAGGUCUUGUGAUACCGUCACCACAGAGAUGAGAUCUUUAGCCCAGAGCAUUGGCUGGAAGCAGUUCUUCUUCACCAACAAACUGCAACUUCAGCUCCAGCUCCGGAGAUGGAGGAAGAAACAAGAAAAGAAUACGGAUAUCUUCUUGGAAUGA